AUGACCUUUAGCGGCGACAACAGGUCAAUAGCGACCUAUCAAUACCGGCGACCCUUUAGCGGCGACAUGUGGCCGCUAAAAGUCAAUAGCGGCGACAAAUUGAAAACGAUCAUCUGCUGCAAGUGCGUAUGCAAAAAGUGGCGCGACCUUGUUUCCGAUUCUUACUUUGUUCAUCUUCAUCUCUCCAGAUCGCGUGAGGCCGCCCUGAUGAUCCUUACCACUUGUAGGCCUGGAAUAUUAAAGUGGGUAGAGCUCGGACAUGAAGCUGAAAACCCGCUCGUGCGUGUGAAGAGGCUUGAUCUUAAGGGUUGUGCUCCUGUAGCUGAUUGCUACCCAACUCUAGUUGGCUCAGCCAAUGGUUUGAUAUGCUCUUUUCAAUCCUCAAACGAAGACCACCAACAGGUAGCCAUAUUCAAUCCUGUGUUGGAAGAACACAUGAUCCUCCCUCAACCGCAACAAGAUUUGAGCCAAUUAGGUUAUGGUUUUGGAGUUUCAAGGGCGGGGGAGUACAAAGUGAUCCGGAUUUGCGCUAGAAUAUCCUCGACUCCAUAUCUGUAUUACGAUGUUGAGAACGAUUAUUACGAGGAGGAUGACGAGGUUAAGAUCGAGGCGGUUGAGAUCGAGGUUUACACCAUUGGCACUGGAUUGGAGGUUUGGGUGAUGAAGGAGGAAUCUUGGUCUAAAGAGAUAACUAUCCAAGAAGAUAUUUGUCAUUUGCUUGGUUAUAGAUCACGUCCCGUGUGUCUCUCUUUGAUGGUUUAA